GAGCGGUUAUCGUAAGACUUAUUUCCAGAGAAUGAUCUCCUACUCAAGCCUAAGACUGAGCAAGUCUCAAAUUGCACGCGGUUGGUGCGUGGUGCGCAAUUUAUCCGCUUCUCAAGUGCAUUUAGACAAACACGAAUGCAAAGUACUUGUUGUGGGCGGUGGUGCGGGUGGCUGUGCCAUGGCUGCGAAACUCUCCUCCAAGCUGGGCAGCAACAAGGUGAUUGUGCUAGAGCCAGCAGAUAAACACUAUUACCAGCCCAUGUUUACACUCAUUGGCGGCGGCAUGAAGCGUUUAGAGCAGUCCUACAAGCUUAUGGCGGAUGUGCUGCCCAAGAAGGCCAAGUGGCUGCGUGAAAAGGCCGUGGAAUUUGAUCCCGACUCCAACACUGUGAAAACCUCCGGUGGCAAUACCAUCAAAUAUGAUAUGUUAUUGAUUGCCACAGGCCUGCAAUUAAACUACAACAAAAUACCCGGACUAGUGGAUGCACUCUCCGUGCCUAAUGGCAAAGUCGGUUCCAUUUAUUCUCCGCUCUAUGUGGAUCGUGUCUACGAUUGCUUGCGCAACAUUAACGACGGUAAUGCCAUCUUUACUUUUCCAUCUUCACCAGUCAAGUGCCCCGGUGCUCCACAAAAGAUAGUUUACAUAUCAGAGCAUUAUUUCCGCAAGAUGGGCAAGCGCAACAACAUCAAUGUGACCUACAACACAGCUCUGCCCGUGCUUUUUGGUGUGAAGCAUUACGCAGAUGCCUUGUGGCCCAUUGUGAAGCAGCGCAAUAUUACAGUCAACACUCGAAGGAAUCUUAUUGAGGUUAAGGCAGCGCAGGAUAUCGCUAUUUUUGAAAACUUGGACAAGCCUGGCGAGCGCUUUGAGGAGAAGUACUCUAUGUUGCAUGUGUGUCCACCCAUGAGCGCUCCCGAUGAGUUGGCCAAAUGCACGAAGCUGGUCAAUGAGGCCGGAUUCGUUGACGUUGAUAAAUCCACUAUGCAGCAUCUGAAAUAUAAAAAUGUGUUUGCUAUAGGAGAUUGCUCCGCAUCACCCAACUCCAAGACAGCUGCAUCAGCAGCUGCCCAAUCACCUGUUGUCUAUCGCAACAUGAUUGCUGCAUUGAAGGGAAAAUCUCUAAAGUCUUCUUAUGAUGGCUAUGCAUCGUGUCCACUGGUCACUGGCUACAAUACUUGUAUCCUGGCCGAGUUUGAUUACAGUUUGACUCCUUUGGAAACGUUUCCAGUGGCACAGAACAAGGAACGCUAUUCCAUGUUCUUCAUGAAAAAGGAUUUGAUGCCAAUACUGUACUGGAAAAUGAUGUUGCCCGGCUAUUGGAAUGGACCUGCUCUCAUGCGCAACAUGCUCUCUAUAUUUAAAAGCAAGCAAAAGUGAAAGCGUCCAAAAACUGCAUCACAAACAGUGAGAGUGCAAUAUUAAUUAACUUUCUACUUCAUAUGAACACGUUUGCAUAGUGACUUCUAUAAACGUUUACUCUACGGACAUUCAAAAAGAAACCUUUUUAAAUAAAAUGACUAUUAUAUUU